AUGGCACCCACCCACCGUCCUGAAGAAUAUGAUCCGAACAGGUGCAGCCUUGUUAUGCUUGCAGAUUUGUUGGUACCCCUUCGCUUUGGCACACAGUGGUACUCAUUCACCACCUCACAGAAGAAAAUGAUCCGAACUGGUGUGGUCUUAUUGCGCCUCCUAGUUCUAUCCAUGCGCCCCCUCAUCUGCCUAUGCAUUCCCCAUGCAAUGGCACCAACCCACCGUCCUGAAGAAUAUGAUCCGAACGGGUGUGGCCUUGUUACGCCCCCUAGAUCUGUCUGCCCGCCCCUCUAUGCAUCCCGCCAUCCGGAAGAAUAUGAUCGGAACAGGCUCUGGAAAACAGAUACCUUUGCCACCACAACGUUCUCGCCACCGUCGACCACUCAUGACAGUGCCUUGGCUUCUCGGUUUAUCAACAACAACGAACGGCGUGCCCCUCCUGAAUCAUCGACUCGGACUUCUCGCGAAACUGCUCAUCGUCAGGUUGAUAUGUCAAGGCCACCUCCUAGCGCCCCAACCCCAAAGCCCGGUAUGUUUUACAUGAGUGUUGUUGUGACUACUGCUCCUUACUUACACCCACAGCCCGAUCUCGAUGGUGCCCAUGACAGAGAUCGUUCAACUAAGAUCCCUGCUGAUUCACAUCGGCAAACUGAGCGUGUAGUUUCACCUCAACCCGACGAUUACGCCACGCCAUGGAUUCAGGCGAGUAGUGCUCGAUUCCAGCGGCCCAGAAAGCCUCUCAACCUCCUCCACAACCCCACCCUCGCCCCAACUGCCUCAUCCACCACAUCCGGUGGCAUGUCUAGCCAAUCUGCCUCAACCAGCCGCCGUCGCCCUCAUCCUUGUCUACGAUAG